AUGAAUAAACUAAGAUAACUUCAAGAAAGACCAAAACUCAUGAGUCAACGAAACAUUUUUGCUAUAUAACUCAUCAUCAUCAUAGUUUUAGUACUUUACUUCAUAAUCAUAUCUUAUCUUCCUCGUCCUAUGUUACAAAACAUCUGAUUCAACAAAAAACAAAACAUUACUGUUACCAACACAAGAGUUUCAUAGUUAUGGCAGAUCCACUUGGAGGUGCUGUUGGAGCUGUAAUGGGAGAAAUGGUGAAAUAUGCUAUUCAAACAAUCAAAAAAGGUCAAGAUUUUGGUCCAACUCUUGAAACCAACAUACAAACUUUGAAUGCUUUGGCUCCUUUAGUUGAAGAAAUGAAAGGUUUCAAUGAUUUGUUAGAUCGACCUAGAGAAGAGAUAAACAAGUUAGAGACUCACAUAAGAGAAGGUAAAGAGCUUGUAAGAAAAAGUAAGAAACUUACUCUAUGGAGGUUUUUUUCUUUUCCAAGUUAUCAAUCAAAACUUCAGAAGAAAGAUGAAGCUCUUCAGAGACAUUUAGCUGUUAAUGUUCAAGUUGAGAAUAGAAAGGAUUUGAUGGAUGUGUUGAUUAAGGUGAAUGGAAUUUUAGAGAUUUUGAUGAGAAAAGAUAAUUUGGGUCAGUUUGAUGGUGGGAAUCAAAUUAGGGGUUUGUGUGGUGCUCCUGAGGAGCCUCAGUGUAAGGGAAUGGUUGAGCCUUUAAAUAAGUUGAAGAUUGAGUUGAUUAAGGAUGGUGUUUCUGUGCUUGUUUUGACUGGUUUAGGUGGAUCUGGUAAAAGUACUCUUGCUAAGAAGCUUUGUUGGGAUCCACAAAUCAAAGGCAAGUUUGGUGGAAACAUCUUCUUUGUUACCGUCUCAAAGACCCCCAACUUGAAGAACAUUGUACAGACACUAUUUGAACAUUGUGGACUUCGGGUGCCUGAGUUUCAUAGCGACGAAGAUGCAAUUAACCGAUUGGGAGUUCUGCUGAGGCAAGUUGGGAGAAAUCCAAUAUUGUUAGUCUUGGAUGAUGUUUGGCCUAACUCAGAAGGCCUUGUUGAGAAGUUCAAAUUUAAAAUGUCAGAUUAUAAGAUUUUGGUUACUUCAAGGGUUGCCUUUAGAAGAUUUGGCACCCCAUGCCAACUGGAUCCACUUGAUCAUGAUCAUGCUGUGUCCCUUUUCCAUCACUUUGCUCAAUUGAAUCACAACAGCUCAUACAUGCCUGAUAAAAAUCUUGUCCAUGAGAUAGUGAAAGGUUGCAAGGGUUCGCCGUUGGCGCUUCAGGUCACUGCUGGAUCACUCUGUCAGCAGCCUUUUGAGAAGUGGCAAAAUAUGAAGGAACGUUUAAAGAGUCAAACUAUCCUUGAGUCUAAUAGUACUAACUUGCUUUCUCGCCUUCAACAAAGUUUGGAUAUAUUGGAGGAUAUCAAUGAGAAGGAGUGCUUCUUGGAUCUAGGGCUAUUUCCUGAUGACCAGAGGAUUCCUGUUACUGCCCUCAUUGAUAUGUGGGCGGCACUGUAUAACCUAGAUGAAGAUGGUACAAAAGCAAUGGCCAUUGUCCAUGAUUUGAACACUAGGAAUUUGAUUAGUGUCAUAUCUACAAGGAAAGUUGCAACAGAAACAGACAUGUACUACAAUAACCACUAUGUCGUGAUGCAUGAUCUCCUCAGAGAACUAGCGAACCAUCAAAGCAAAGGGGAACCAUUUGAACAGACAAAAAGAUUGAUCAUUGACUUGAAUGGAGAUGUUCGUCCCGAUUGGUGGAUAGGACCGAAUCAGCAAGGAAUCAUUAGUCGUAUGUACUCAUUCAUCGCCGGAAUGUUGGUAAAACAGAAACAACUAAAGGUUGCUGCCCGCAUAUUGUCUAUAUCAACUGAUGAAUCAUUUUCUUCGGAUUGGUGUGACAUGCAACCUGAUGAAGCUGAGGUUCUGAUUUUAAAUCUUCGGUCUGACAAGUACUCAUUACCAGAUUUCACAGAGAAAAUGAGCAAACUGAAAGUUUUAAUAGUCACAAAUUAUGGUUUCCAUCGUUCUGAAUUAACCAAGUUUGGGCUACUUAGUUUUUUGUCAGACUUGAAAAGAAUAAGGUUGGAGAAAGUUUCAGUCCCUUGCCUAUGCAUAAUGAAGAAUCUGCAAAAAUUAUCCCUCCAUAUGUGCAAUACAAGGAAUGCUUUUGAAAGCUGUUAUAUCCAAAUUUCAGAUGCAUUGCCAAAUCUAGUGGAGUUAAGCAUUGACUAUUGCAAUGAUUUGAUUAAAUUGCCUGACGGAUUUUGUAACAUUACCACAUUGAAGAAGCUCAGUAUCACAAACUGCCACAAGCUUUCUGCAAUACCUCAAGAUAUUGGAAAGUUGGAGAAUUUGGAAGUGCUAAGGCUUUGUUCCUGUUCUGAUUUAGAAGAGAUGCCAGAAUCUGUUGCAGGCCUUAACAAGUUACAUUGUUUUGACAUCUCAGACUGUGUGAGUCUUCCGAAUUUACCGAACGAUAUCGGGGACUUGCAAAAGCUCGAGAAGCUUUACAUGAAGGGUUGCUCAAACUUGAGUGAAUUGCCUUAUUCUGUCGUCAAUUUUGGAAAUCUAAAGCAUAAAAUAUCUAUCAUCUGUGAUGAAGAAGGAGCUUCAUUAUGGGAACACUUUCCCAACAUUCCUAAUCUGAAGAUAGAGAUGCCUAAAGUAGAAAUUAACUUAAAUUGGCUUCACGGAACUCGUUCCUGAGUGUUGGUUGAUGAAGAUAAAGUGACUUGAAGUAAUGCUGAAACUUGUAAACAAUGUUGCUACACAUUGUUUUCCUAUUUAUCAUAAUGUUGUCCAUGUUAACUGUAGUGAUCUCAGAUCUGUGUUGGACUGUACUGUAAAUAUAAUAUACAUCAACGUAGCCUGAAAGAUUACUACUCCAUGUGUUAUUUUAGCAUUAGUGUUAUUCUGUAAUAAGGUAGCACAGUAUUGAGGUGUUAAACUAUCCCUUAGAUUAGUUAUGACCAAUAAUAGAUGUAACAGAUUAUAAUUGAAUUGUAAUAGACUGUAACAACAUUUCUAUUGUGGUAACUAAAUCCUGAAUGCUAUAGUAUUUCUAUUUUUAA